UAGCAGAAAGAAAUUCUGUUGCGGUUUGAUGACUGAUCAAAAUCCCAAAUGUUCGCACUAUUUAUUUACAUAAAUUUUAUUUAUUAUUUUUUAUAUAAAUGCGACGAUCGGAGAUUAUCUGCAUAUACAUGCUUAGACAUAAUGUAUGUAAUUGAUACGAGAUAAUAUGGUUCGGAUAUUAAAGAAUGUAUAUAACUAAAUACUUGAAUUAGAAAAGCGAGUGAUAACGUGAUUAUUCUACUGAUGCCAGAGAACUACUAAUUUCCGAUGUGAUAUACAUAAAGUCAUAUACAUAUUGGAUUUUUAAAACUGCUGAUGCUAUACAGCUAUUAAAGAAUAGUAAAAUAAUUUCAACAAUGAAAUAUACAACUACAAUGUCUAUUCUUUUGACAAUAAUCAUGUGUAGCUUAUAGAAAGUAUUGAGCUGUGCAAAAGUUUGUACGCUACUGUAUUCUGUCGAUGAACAGAAGGAAGAGAGUAUAAAAAAUCCAUUGGACAGAUAUGUCAAUUUCCAAAUUAUUGAAAACGAGGAAUGCUCUGUAGACACGACAUCUGUUUACAUAGUUUUGUCAUCAAGACAUGAACAAGACAGAAAUAACGCUGGGGCAAUCAAUUCAUCCAAUCUUACGAUUGCUGUAAAAUUUGUGUGUCAUAAAACCCAAAUUCAUUUCAUGCCUUUCAAUUCUAGUACAGCGAAUGUAACACGGAAGUGGAAUAUAGUGUUAAUUCUGGAUGCAUGUUCAGUUGCAGUUGAAGAGAUUAAUGUGAUGCUAUUGUUUGGAAGAAUCAUUAUGUUACAAAUGUUCGAAAAUCCAAAGAUAUUUGAGAUAGACACUAAGUGCAUGUACGCGUUCGAUCUUCAAUCUCUUCUGAUUCAAAAUUCAUGUGAAGAAAAGAAAACCGAUUUUAGCAACAUGUUAUUUUGGGAUACUUGCAAACAAACAUUUUCCAGCACAAUUAUACUUUCUCUAAAGAUUUGCUUGGAUAUAAAUUCUACUACACUUCAAAAGCGAUUCCCAAAUUUAUAUACUCUAAUUCUAUGUGACGUAAACAUACACGGCGCUUUACACUUCCCAUUCAACAAAACUCAUACAAAUGGCGAAAUGAGAGAUACAACAAUAAUAAAUACUAUGAAAUUGUUUUUUGACUUUCUGCAGAAAUUAUAUUCACAUUAUUACAUGUUUUCGGAAACUUCUCUCAUUUUACUUAAUUAUUUUAACUGCACAAUUAAUCAAAAUUUACUAUAUUUAAGUGGAAGAGGCGAUGAAAUACGAAUGUCCAGCAUGAAUAAUGAAUUUAUGAAACCUGUUCUAUUCCGCGACAUAGUUGUAAGUACAACAAUUGAUCUUUCCUACAACAACCUAGAAAGUGUAGAUGAGGGUUUGUUUCAAAAUCAGCCUCUGGUGAAAUACCUCUAUCUCCAAAAUAACAAAUUAACAGUUUUACCGCAAAAUAUAUUCAAAGGUCUGAGAAGUAUUUUGACCAUUGACGUUUCUGGUAAUUUAAUAGCAAGUAUACACAUUGACCAUUUUCAGUAUCUCACUAAGAUAGAGGAAAUAGAUCUGAAUGAUAAUCUAAUAGAACAUUUGCCAGUAAAUAUUUUCAAGAAUCAGACUAAUUCUCUUAAAGUACUCUAUCUAUAUUCUAACCCACUGAAAGACAUUCCUGUCUGGCCUUUUUAUGCUACGUUAUUAAAUAUAUAUCAUCUGAGUGAUGCAAAUUUAACUGGACAAAGUAUCGUUAGACUUUUGGACAAUCUAAACAUGUUAGAUAUAUCUGAAAAAGAGGUUGAAACACAACUGGCAUUACCUUUAAAGUCACAAGCACCGCUUCCGAUUGUUUUACUUUAUAAUAAUGACAUUGAAACUGUUCCAUCUGUUAAUGUGACUGCCCUGCGGUUGAACAAACUUUUACUUUUGAUGGAACAUUUUACACUAAAUUUUAAUGGGAAUCCACUCACAUGUAAUUGUGACACAUAUAUGAUCCGCAGGAUUUACGACAUGGCUUACGGGACAAGUCAGAUGCAUAUAGCUGGGAUUUCUUUAAACACUUUUCAGUGCGAGCAUCCUUCAGAAUUAAGAGGCCGAUUUAUGUGGAAUAUCGCAGAAAGUGAAAAGUAUUGCGCAGUAACAUUGAAAGAGUGCCCGGAGAAAUGUGACUGUUUCAAAAGAACAAAUACAGACACGUUCAUAGUUGACUGCAGAGGACGUUCAUUGGUUGAAAUGCCCCAAAUAUUACCACCGUAUACAUUAGAGUUGUGGUUUGAGAACACAAAUAUUUCAAAAGUCAGUCCAUUCUCAUAUUUAGAAAACGUAACAGUUUUAAAUCUAGCUAGUAACCAUAUUAAACAAAUGUCUCCAUUAGUAAUCAACAAAUUAAGCAUCGCUCGGAUCAUCUACCUGCAUUCAAAUAACCUGACUCAUCUUCCAAUUCAAAUACAGGCUCUACAGUUGACAAAACUGACACUGUCAAACAAUCCAUUUGUUUGCGAUUGCACAAUGAGAUGGAUGAAAACAUGGCUACUUAAUGAUGAAAACCUUAUUGUUGACUGGAUAAAAGUUCAGUGUUUGGAAAAGUCUAAUAACAUUAAGCAGUUAAUCGCUGUCUCUGAUUCACACUUCGUCUGUACAACAACAAAUAAUUUCAGUGUGAGCGAACACGUAUUUCUACCAUCAAUCAUAAUUGGUUCUGUGGUAUUCGUGCUUCUUGUGCUUUCAUUAAUUAUUUACAUUUUCAGGUUUAAUGUUAAAGUUUUAUUGUUUGUUUACUUUAACAUACAUCCUUUUGACAAGAAACAACAGAAAGAGGAAACCAACGUUUAUGAUGCUAUAGUCAUUUACGUUCAAGAAGACAAAGAGUUGGUAGAAGCGGUAAUUAAUCAUCUAAGGAAAAGAGGAUACGAAAUUGGUGAUCUAUACAUGCAUUCACUUAUAGGAUACACGUGGAUAGAAAACAUAGAAAAAUUGAUAGCUUGUUCAAAGAGUGUAAUCUUGUGUAUGCCAGUAGAUGCUAUAGAUGAUAAAAUUAUCCAAGCAGCAUGGAACAUCGCGUAUGAUAAAUGCAUCGCGUCAUCAAUAAAAUCUUUAUUCUUGAUUACAGACAAGACUAUUCAGAAACAGAAAAACCUAGAUGAAAGUCUGAGGCUUUUUAUCAGAAGCAAUAACUGUGUUGACAGGCAUGCGAGGCUACUUCUGGAGAAAGUUGACUACCUGAUAGCCAAUCUUACACCAAACAAUAACAACGGUAACGCCGAAGCGGACAUUGAAGAACAGUGCAUUGAUAUAGACCCGAAGCGAAUUCUUGUUUCUUAUCCAGAUGAACUUCAUUUGUAUGUUAAGAAUAAAAUGAUGCCCUUUCUCUUGGAGAGAAAUCUAACCAUGAAAGUAUUAGACCUGCUUUUUACGGUAGGUAUUGACAAAAGGGAAGAACUUCCUGACAUCCUAGAGGCCGCUGACUUUGUCAUAUUCAUUGUCAAUAACGAAAUAUUAAAUGAUGAAAUCUUACUGUACAUAUUGACCGAAAUUCUUACUAAAUCUCAGCUUGAGAACUACAACUACUUACUCUUGUGCACAUCAGGUCAAGUAUGUGUCGAGAACAUGCCAAAGGAUUUGUCAAAAUAUGUUGAAAACUAUGUCACCAUAAGCACAAAUGACAUCAACUUUGAAGAUCGUAUCUUUGAAUCAAUAACUCAAAUAAAACAAAGGAAAGAAACACGAGAAAUACACGAUGCUGAAAUGAUUCCAUUACUGUAAAUGUCUUUUAUAUCACUGCACUUUUAACAGACCAAUUCGAACUGAUUUACUUUCAAUGAUUUGUAUAUUUUGUACUACAGAAUAAAUCAAAAUGUAAGUUCGUUUAUUGCGAGUCGUUCACACAUUUACGAAGAAAAUUGUUUUCUCUCAAAAUUCAAUACAAAACGCGUAUUGUAAAGGUGACAUAUGAUAUACACUUAUUGACACGUCUUAGCUAGGUUUCACAGUAACAUGAUAGAUAACUAAAAUAUUAGGCAGGAGGGAAUAAACCGUUGCAUAGCUUUUGAAACAAUGGAGAAAAACAACAUUCUUGCCUUUGUACCAAUAUCUAACACUUAUUUUCGCUCACUUCUUCGUUUGUUCUCUGUCAAAUAUAUCAUAAAUGUACAUACUUUUAUGCCAAAUGUAUUUGAUCCAAUCUGUGGGUUAGUACCUUUAAUUAACUGUCAGCAAAGCUUUCUUUAUAAGGACUAUAGUCAAGAACGUAUUGAACUAGCUACUUAAUUUUGAUUUAUGAUUUCAGUAUUGUCUGUUAUUUUUUUUUUUUUUUUUUAUUGUUUUUUUUUUGUUGUUGUUGUUGUUGUUCUUUUUUCUGUUGUUUUUUCUUUUGUUUUGUUUGUUUGUUUUAGCUCACCUGAGCACGAAGUGCUCAAAGGUGAGCUUUUGUGAUCGCCCUGUGUCCGUCGUCCGUCGUCGUCAGUCGUCAGUCGUCCGUCGUCGUCGGCGUCGGCGUUAACAAUUUGACUGUUAACACUCUAGAGGUCACAAAUUUGAGCCAAUCUUAAUGAGACUUGGUCAGAAUGUUAGCCUCAAUUAAAUCUUGGAUGAGUUCGAUAUUGGGUCAUCUUGGGUCAAAAACUAUGUCACCAGGUCAAAUCAAAGGAAAAGAUUAUUAACACUCUAGAGGUCCACGUUUUGGCCCAAUCGUAAUGAAACUUGGUCAGAAUGUUACCCUUAAUGAAAUCUUGGACGAGUUUGAUAUUGGGUUAUCUCGGGUUAAAAACUAGGUCACCAGGUCAAAUCAAAGGAAAAGCUUGUUAACACUCUAGAGGUCACAGUUUUAACCUAAUCUUAAUGAAACUUGGUCAGAAUGUUACCCUUAAUGAAAUCUUGGACGAGUUUGAUAUUGGGUUAUCUCGGGUUAAAAACUAGGUCACCAGGUCAAAUCAAAGGAAAAGCUUGUUAACACUCUAGAGGUCACAGUUUUAACCUAAUCUUAAUGAAACUUGGUCAGGAUGUUACUCUUAAUAAAAUCUUAAAAGAAUUUGAUAUUGGGUCAUCUGGGGUCAAAAACUAGGCCACCAGGUCAAAAUCAAAGAAAAAGUUGGUUAACACUCUAGAGGUCACAAUUUGGGCCCAAUCUUAAUGAAACUUGGUUAGAAUGUUACCCUCAAUAAAGUUAUGGACAAAUUAGAUAUGGGGUCAUCUGAGGUCAAAAACUAGGUCACCAGGUUAAAUCAAAAGAAAAGCUUGUUAACACUGUAGAGGCCACAUUUAUGACUAUAUCUUCAUAAAUCUUGGUCAGAAUGUUAAUCUUGAUAAUCUCAAGAUCCAGUUUGAAUCUGGGUUAUGUGGAAUUAAAAACUAGGUCACCAGGUCAGAUCAAAGGAAAAACUAGUUUACACUGUAGAGGUCACAUUUAUGACCAUAUCUUAAUGAAACUUGGUCAGAAUGUUAGUCUUGAGGUUGUAUAGGUUAAAUUUGAAUCUGGGUCAGGUGGGUUCAAAAACUAGGUCACUAGGUCAAAUCAAAGGAAAAGCUUGUUAACACUUUAGAGGCCACAUUUAUGACUGUAUCUUUAUGAAACGUUGUCAGAAUUUUAAUCUUGAUAAUCUUUAGGUUAAGUUCUAACCUGGGUCAUGUCAGAUCAAAAACUAGGUCACCAGGUUAAAUCAAAAGAAAAGCUUGUUAACACUGAAGAGGCCACAUUUAUGACUAUAUCUUCAUAAAUCUUGGUCAGAAUGUUAAUCUUGAUAAUCUCAAGAUCCAGUUUGAAUCUGGGUUAUGUGGAAUUAAAAACUAGGUCACCAGGUCAGAUCAAAGGAAAAACUAGUUUACACUGUAUAGGUCACAUUUAUGACCAUAUCUUAGUGAAACUAGGUCAGAACAUUUAUGACCAUAUCUUAAUGAAACAUGGUCAGAAUGUUAGUCUUGAGGUUGUAUAGGUUAAAUUUGAAUCUGGGUCAGGUGGGUUCAAAAACUAGGUCACUAGGUCAAAUCAAAGGAAAAGCUUGUUAACACUUUAGAGGCCACAUUUAUGACUGUAUCUUUAUGAAACGUUGUCAGAAUUUUAAUCUUGAUAAUCUUUAGGUUAAGUUCUAACCUGGGUCAUGUCAGAUCAAAAACUAGGUCACCGAGUCAAAUCAAAGGUAAAGCUUGUUUACACUGUAGAGGCCACAUUUAUGAUGUAUCUUUAUGAAACUUGGUCAAAAUGGUAAUGUUGAUAUUUUCAAGGUUUAAUUUGAAUCUGGGUUAUGUAGACUCAAAAACUAGGUCACCAGGUCAAAUCAAAGGAAAAGCUAGUUUACACAGUAGAGGCCACAUUUAUGACCAUAUCUUAAUGAAACUAGGUCAGAAUGUUAAUCUUAAUGAUUUAUAGGUCAAAUUCAAAUCUGGGUCAGGUGGGGUCAAAAACUAGGUCACUAGGUCAAAUCAAAGGAAAAGCUUGUUAACAUUCUAGAGGCCACAUUUAUGACUGUAUCUUUAUGAAACUUGGUCAGAAUGGUAAUCUUAAUGAUUUCAAGGUCCAGUUUGAAUCUGGGUCAUGUCGGGUCAAAAAAUAGGUCACUAGGUCAAAUUAAAAGAAAAGCUAGUUUACAGUUUAGAGGCCACAUUUAUACCAUAGCUUAAUGAAACUUGGUCAGAAUGUUAAUCUUGAUGGUCUUUAGGUCAAUAGGUCAGGUGAGCGAUACAGGGCCUUUAUGGCCCUCUUGUUUAUUAUUCUAUUUGAAUCUUUGUAAGCGUAUAUUGGUUUUAAAAGCGUUUCUUUAACAAAAAAUGUUAUAUAUUUAUAUUUACCAUGUCGUAAGGGCAACUUUAGUUCAUUUAAUUAUUGAAGGAGAUUAAUUUCCUUCCUACUAUGUUAAGAAAUUAUUUAAGUUCAGCAAUGAUUUAAAUCUUGUAAAUAGCUUAUAUAAAAUUAUAUUGUGAUAUAUAUACAGCUGGUCAUCUUCCGCUGAUAGCAAAGAUCACACAUGGCAAAAUCUAAGUUGUAUUGAUUUGCGCAUUUCAGUUCAGCUUGUUUGUUUGUAUAUUCAUAUAUUUUAUUAAAUUUUCAAACAGCA